CGAUAAGUUCGACCUCGCUCCCUUCAUUCGCGAUGGGGACGCUGCUCCGAUAACAUGGAGUACGAGGAUGUGGAGUUCUUCCGGAAGAAUCGGCGGAGAGUGAUCCUGGGGACGGUGGGGAGCUUCGUCGUCGGGUUCGCCGUCGCGAUCGUCGCGCUCGCGGUCGUCUUCGCGUACGUCGAGGACGUUGGCACGACCGUCGCGAUCAUCCUCCUGCUCGUCCUGCUCUACACCGUCUCCUACGCGCUCCUCGUCUACGCCAUCUCGGUCGAGGCGGAGAAGGACAGGCGACACAGGUGUCGAGCGAGAGGCUUCGACGCGGACGCAUUCGUCACCCCGAACGUCCCCUACGUAUUCAUAUUUCCGGGAGAAAAAGUUUCCAAAAACCAAUACUACACGAUUUCGAUGCCACGACAGGUCGAGGCGGAACAGAAAUUCCACCGAGCGCUGGUUCACUCAGACGUCCUCGCGCAGGUGAUCGGGAAGACCGUCCCUCACCAACGGCUCCCGAGAAUGGGACAGCUGUGCGUCUUGGUCGUUGGAGUGCCUCGGCGGCAAGAACUCUUGUCCGAGGUCUGGGUCUUCCCUGCAGGUCCGAUCGAGUCCGCGUCGACUUCUCAGUAGGGCAAGUUGCUAUCUCUUCCAAGUGUGCGAGGAUGUUCUCAUGUGAACUCAUGUUAACUCA